AUGUCCCAAGAAGAUCUGUCACUCUCGUGCUCCGUUAAAGUAAAUUAUCUUGACGGUAAAGGGUGUGUUAAUAGGAGUUUAAAUAAUGCUAGAAGCUUGAUCCAGCUUGGUAGAAACGAAUUUAGAGAGAUAAUACUCAAAAUAGAGUGUGGAAAAAUCACUCUUUCUUUCGGAAUCAAAGAUAUGAUUUUGCAUACUCGAUUCAUAAAGGAAGGUAAAGCGACAAUAACUCUAAAAGAACCAAAUGUACAUAUACUAAUUUCGAAUUGUCCAACUGGGAAACUAAAUGCUUUCUUGAAAACCUUAGUGGCUAAAGUUGAAAGAUUAAAGGAAUCAAAACCAAUUGGUGUAAAAGAGCGCUUGCUAUCUACAAAACCUCGCAGCUUUGAAGAAAUAAGCCCACUAACAGCAUUAGAUGUAAACAUUUUGCAAAAGCGCUUGAAUAAACCAGUAUCUAAACAAUCAAAUUGGCCAGAAACUCCUAAAUCACGGAAAAGAGGAGCGCAAGACUCAGGUCCAGAAAACAGUACUCCUUUACGUAAAAUACCAAACAUUGAUAGACCACUUGUAUCUCGUCUUCUCACUGCUGAACAAAGGAAUGUUAUGAAUGCUGUAAUGAGUGGUAGAAAUAUCUUCUUCACAGGAAGUGCAGGCACUGGAAAAUCAUUUUUGCUCAAAAGAAUUUUGGGCACACUAGCUCCCGAUAGCACUUUUGCGACAGCAAGUACUGGAGUUGCAGCUUGCCAGAUAGGCGGAAUCACACUGCAUGCUUUCGCAGGAAUUGGUUCUGGAACUGCACCUUUACCACAAUGCCUUGAGCAAGCUAUUAAAAAAUGCAAAUCUUGGAAGCAGUGUCAACAUUUAAUUGUGGAUGAAAUAUCAAUGGUUGAUAGGCAAUUUUUCCAGAAACUUGAAAAAAUCGCUCGUGUUGUUCGUAAAAAUGAUAAGCCUUUUGGAGGUAUUCAGCUUAUCCUUACAGGUGAUUUUUUGCAACUUCCUCCUGUUUGCAAGAAAGGACAGGAUAGAACUUACUGUUUUCAGAGUGAAGCUUGGAGAAAUUGCAUUGAUGUUAAUAUUGAAUUAAAACAAGUCAAGAGACAAAAUGAUAAGGAUUUUAUAAAUCUUUUGCAAGAUGUCCGGAGAGGCAGGUCCAGUAAAGAAGUAGUUGCAAAAUUGAAAUCUACUUCUAUGCAGAAUAUUGAUAAAGAUGGCAUCUUAGCAACGAAACUUAGUACUCAUAAAGAUGACGUUGAGAUUAUUAACACUUCUCAUCUAGCAAAAUUACCAGGUGAAUCUCAAGUGUUUUAUGCAACAGAUAACACCCCUAGUCUUAUAGAGUUCAUGAACAAUCAUUGUCCUGUAUCGGAUAAACUUGAAUUAAAAGUUGGUGCUCAGGUUAUGCUGACUAAAAAUUUGGAUCUUUCAAGAGGUCUUGUCAAUGGGGCCCGUGGUGUGGUCGUAGCUUUUGAGAAAGAAACUCAAAAGCUUCCAAUUGUAAAGUUUGUGUGUGGGGUUCAGGAAGCAGUUCAGUAUGAGAAGUGGACUGUCAGAGCCCACAGUGGUUUAAUCCUUGUGAGAAAAAUGCUGCCUUUAAAACUGGCUUGGGCUAUGUCAAUUCACAAAUCUCAGGGAAUGACAUUAGACUGCGUUGAAGUUUCACUGUCUCGAGUAUUUGAAUGUGGACAAGCUUAUGUUGCUUUAUCUAGAGCUCGAAGCAUGAAAGGACUAAGAGUACUAGAUAUUGAACCAUCAAGCAUUCGAGCUGAUCCUCAAGUGCUGAAGUUUUAUCAUCGAUUACAAUGUAUAACUCCACUUUUCCAAUCUGAAAUUGAAGAAUUUUUAUCAUGA